UUUCGAUUUCUAUUCUCUAGAGAGCAAAAUGGCCCACGGGUUAUGUCUUGAAAAUCUUAAGAUCAUGAUUUAUAUCACGAUAUCUUCGGUGUUGCUUAUAUUGUUCAUACAAAGUCUACAUCGGAAAAUUCCCUCAAUUUCCAUAGAAGAGUUCUAUGUUAAUACCCUUAACAACACCGCUACCGGAAACACCACAGCCACCCCCACAACCAAGAACACCACCAUCUACUUUGAUCUUAAGCUUUACAACCACAAUCCGGUGGGAUUGUAUUAUCGUCCAAUGAAUCUUACUUUUUCUUACUUCCCAAACAAAACCACCAAUAGUAGUAUCCCCUUAGCUGUGUACACUUUACGUGGAUUUCAUCAAGACCAUCACAAGGAAAAGCACUUCCGUGACACGGUGAUGACGGGUGGAAUGAUGGUGCAGCCUGGUGGUGGGAGUGUGAUGGUAAUGAGGGUGGAUUUGGUUGGCAGGGUUAAGUUCAAGUCUAUUGCGCAAUGGAAGCGGUCGGUGGUUGUGGGGAUAGAUGUGGAGGUUGAUGAAUUCACAGGCGAAAAGCUUAAGAAGAAUAGCAUCAAGCUGAUCCCUUCUGGUGCAGCACAGGUGGUAGAUUGGCUCAUCUGUCUGCCGGCGCCGGCGGUGACGUUGCUUAUACUUAGUUGUUCUUUUAAUUUAAUGUUUCUUUGAGAUGUGGUUAUGUUAACACUUUUUUCCAGAUAUAGCAAACAUUAAUGUCCAUAAAAUGAGGGCCAUUUGUUUUGGUUUUUUAUUCUAGAGUUGACCAUGUUAGUGAUUUGAAAUUAAUGCAUGCUAGUUGAAGCUAAAAA